CGAAAAUGGACCCGCUUUUUAAUAUAUUAUUUGUUGGCCCAAAUCUUUCUAAUACUGUAAAGAAGGAGUGUGUUAUCAAAAUCGUUGCUGAUAAACUAACACACUUAACUUCACAUCAGGAAUGAACAGAUCCCUUCAUUAAAGAUAUCUUCAAAAUCCUACUUCUCAAGGAUCUCUCCGUCCACAACUUCGAAAUGUUCGCAGACGCCAUCAUAUAUGCAUGCUACAGUGUUCUUUGAAGGAGUUUGGAUGAUUUAAGAAAUAAGAUUAAAUUUGAACAAAUUUCCAGAAUUCAAGAUUUAGUCAUGGAUCUUGAAAUCUUUCUAAAAAGAGAUGAUGGGAAAAAUGAUUCCGAUGAGGAAAUCCAUGAUGGAAUUGAAGAGCAUAAGAAGAUUAUGUAUCAGGUAGUUCUGGCUUAGAAGAAGAGAGUGCAA